GCGAGCGAGUGCGCGCCAAAGAGAUCGGGAAGGGUAUAUGAAGAUUCUACGACGAGAAUAAUUGAUUUCGCCAGUUAAGCGACAGAUCUCGCGGAUCAUAUCUCUCGCUCAAAGAAACAUCGCGCGUUCCCGCGCUUCUCAGUUCAAUUAUAACGCGUUUGCUAGGGAAAAUGGAUCUUGAAAAAAAGCCUUCGAUACAAUUAGAAACCAUUGAGGUGAAAAAUAAAGAAGAAAAAGGAGCUGAUUUUGAAACAGCUAUUGCUACUUGCGGUUAUGGAAAAUUUCACUAUCUUCUGUUUCUUACGGCUGUCCCCGCGACAUGGGCAUCAAUUUUGGAUAGUUCUAAUAUGUCCAUGAUUUUGCCGUCAGCUGAAUGUGACUUGGAAUUGAGUUUAUUCCAUAAAGGCAUUCUCAAUGGAAUAACUUACGCAGGUAUGGUUAGUAGUGCUCUGCUGUGGGGCUUCGUUGCCGACGUAAUGGGAAGGCGACGAAUCCUUAUGUUCGGACUCCUUGCCGAUGGAAUUUGUAAUAUAUUAUGCGGUUUAUCCCAAAAUUUUGCCACCGUUGUAUUUUUCAAAUUCAUGAGUGGAUUUUUUAUAAGUGGCCCGUACGCUACAAUAAUGACAUACUGUGCGGAAUUUCAUUGUAUGCGGGCAAGACCUAGAGUUACGCUAGUUCUUGGCUUUACUUGCUUUGCAGGAUGCAUCAUAAACGCAGUUCUUGCUUGGGCAAUUAUACCUCAUAGUUGGAUUGUUGCAAUCGGUGGAAACACGUUCGUUUUCAAUUCAUGGAGAUUGUAUUUAUCGACGUGUGGUAUACCAAUUCUCAUUGGGGCACUCGGACUGAGCUUUUUUCCUGAAAGCCCCAAGUUUUUGAUGAGCCAGGGUCGUAAUGAUGAAGCUUUGGAGGUUCUUAAAAAAAUAUAUUCUAUGAAUAAUGGAGUACCACAAGAAGAAUAUCCGAUUAAAUCGUUGGAAAAUGAAUUGAGCUCUAGCCAAUAUGUGGAAAGAAAUUCAAAUUCAGAAAGUUUGAAAUCUGUUAUCCAAAAAGGGCUUUUACAAAUGAAACCUUUAUUUAUGGGAUCAUACUUGGUUAGGUUACUACUAAUAGUUUUGAUACAAGCAGGAGGAAUGCUUUCUGCAAACACCUUAAGAUUGUGGCAACCUCAAUUAUUUACCAUAUUGAAUAAUUUCUCAAAUGGUACUGAUGAUAACUUAAAUAAUACAUUCUGCAACAUUCUCGAUAAUUCAACGACUUAUCUGCCCAAACAAUAUAAUGGCUCAAAUGAUUUAAUAAAUUAUGAAGAGUGUGAAACGAAACCCGUUGAUGGUAGUGUUUACUUAUUUACAAUAUUUGUCUCCAUAAGUACAAACAUAUGUCUGUUUUUGGCAACUAUACUUGUCAAUCGCAUGGGAAAUAAAAAUCUAUUGUAUUCCUGUUUCUCUAUAUCAACAUGUGCAGUAUUGGUAUUACAUUGGGCGAGCUAUUAUACUUUUAUAAUAAGUUUGACUUGCCUUUUUGUUGGUUUGAUGUGUACCACGUGCACUCUAGUCAUUAGCAUGUGCGUUGACUUAUUUCCUACAUCACUCAGGACUAUGGCCGUAAGCUUGGCAAUGAUGGUAGGGCGCAUCGGAGCUCUUUUAGGCAAUGUCUUGUUUCCAGUAUUACUCGACUCAGGCUGUUUUACUGCGAUUCUGUCACUUGCUAUCAUUUUAAUAGUCUCAAUAAUUCUGAUAAUAUUCAUUCCGAAGAACAAGGAUAUUGUAAAAUAAAAGUGUAUCGCUUUGUUGGACAAGGAAGUGUGGUGCAGUGACAUUUAUACAAUGCAAGUGAAAUCCAACUUGUAAGUGAUUCAAGGAUAUGAGAAAGCACAUGCGAUAUGCCGUGUAUAUAUUAUAAUUUAAGAAAUAAGAGCAAUGCUACAUUUAUGUCACAAAAAAUAAUGCGCCAAUAUUUUUUAGUUCAUAUUCUGUUACAAAAAACUAACUAUUAAGAAAAGAUUUUUAUUACCUAAUAAGGAGUUCUUUAUUAAAAAUGAAAAUAUGCACGUUUGAGAAUUUGGU